AUCUCGACCCACGACGGCCCAAAUCCUGCCUCGGCUACCUCUCCUGCCUCACCGCGCCGCCGGCCUAAACCUACCCAUCCGUCCGCCCCGCCUUCCCGACGCCGGCGGCGCUCUCCCUCCCCUAACCGCUCGCCGCUUCUCCCCUUCUCCUUCUCAGCGACUUGGUGGCGCGUCCGAUAGUGCUCCUGGUUUAGCACCGAGCGCCACACCACACCAUGGAGGUCGAAGGCGAGGCACGACCGUUCCGCCUCUUCUCCGGGAGGGCCAAGCCCAAACCCAAGCUGAAGCCCGAGCCAGAGGUCCGGACUCAGCCGGAGCCCCGCAGCCCUGACCCCGCCGCCGUCGAGACCGACCACGCCGACGCCCACCCUGCUCCCUCCAUCGUGACGGAGACAGGCCAGGCCGACGACGCCGAAGCCGCGGCCGGCGCGGCGGCCGCCACGUUCGCGGACCUCGGCCUGUCGCAGUGGCUCGUCGACACGUGCAGCGCCCUGGGCAUGAAGCGCCCGACGGCCGUGCAGCGCCGGUGCAUCCCGCGCGCGCUGGCGGGGGAGGACGUGCUGGGCAUCGCCGAGACCGGGAGCGGCAAGACGGCCGCGUUCGCGCUGCCCAUCCUGCACCGCCUCGGGGAGGACCCCUACGGCGUCGCCGCGCUCGCGCUGGCCCCCACGCGCGAGCUCGCGGCGCAGCUCGCCGAGCAGUUCCGCGCGCUCGGGGCGCCGCUGGGGGUCAGGUGCCUCGCGGCCAUCGGUGGGUUCGAGUCGCUCGCGCAGGCCAAGGGGCUCGCGCGCCGCCCCCAUAUCGUCGUCGCUACCCCAGGCCGCAUCGCCACGCUCGUCAAAGACGACCCUGACCUCGCCAAAGUAUUCGCCCGCACCAUGUUUCUUGUGUUGGAUGAGGCGGAUAGAGUGCUAGAUGUUAAUUUCGAAGAGGAACUCCGGGUGAUAUUUGGCUGUUUACCAAAGAAGCGACAAACCUUUUUGUUUUCAGCAACAAUGUCAGAUAAUCUGCGAUCUUUGCUUGAACUUUCCGGCAACAAGUCAUACUUUUUUGAAGCAUAUGAAGGAUUCAAGACAGUAGAGACCUUAAAGCAGCAAUACAUUCAUGUUCCUGAUGAUGGAAAAGAGCUUCAUCUUACAUAUCUCCUAUCAAAAAUUAAGGACAAGGAAGACCCUAUCCAUAAGAUGGGAGACCCUAUCCGCUCAGCCAUUGUAUUCGUUUCAAGAUGCAGUACUUGCUACUUUUUGGAUCUGCUGCUGGAAGAACUUGGCCAUCCUGCUGUUUCUUUGCACUCCCACAAAUCUCAAGCGCAAAGACUCUUAGCACUUAACCGUUUUAAAUCCGGUCAGGUUCCCGUAUUGCUUGCUACUGAUGUGGGCAGCCGUGGAUUGGAUAUCCAAACAGUUGAUCUUGUCAUCAAUUAUGACAUUCCAUGGAAUCCACGCGAUUACAUCCAUAGGGUUGGACGAACUGCAAGAGCUUCGAGGGGAGGGUUUGCUAUAAGCUUUGUUACACAGAAGGAUAUAUGCCUUUUACAUGAGAUAGAAGAUAUUGUGGGGAAGCAGUUGGAGGCCUAUGAGUGCAGUGACAAAGAAGUUACUAAAAAUAUCACAAAGGUAUUCAAAGCACAGCGUCUAGCAAGAAUGAAGAUGGAUGAUGAGGGCCAUGGAGAGAAAGUACAGGCCCGAAAAGAACAGAAGAAAAGGGAUCUGGCGCGAAAGCGGAAACACGAAGGAUGAAUCCCGUGGAACUGUCUACAGUGAUGGUAUGCCGUAUGCCAUCUGCGGGAAUGGCAGUUGUGGCUUGCUUAGUGUAGUGAGUAGUAACCUCGAGGAGUCGGUGGUGGCUUAUUCCAAUGAUGAGCUCGUCUAGUCGGCUCUUCACUUUUUUGUCAAUGGGGAAAUUAUUAUGUCGGUGCAUGUAAAAUCUUGCUAGAUUAACGUGAGGAAGGCACAUGUACUACUGAAUUCGUGGCGUGUUUGCGCAGUGCCAUGGAUUGAGUUCACCAUUACUUACUGCCCAGUGCCAUUGA